CGAGGCGUCUUUCAUCUCGUCUAUUUAUUUGAUCUCAUUGAUGUUGAUCAGCUCAUCGCACAUCACAAAUAGUGGGAUAUUGUUCUCUCUUAGUGAAUCUACUGCACAAGUUCAUUCAAACGGAAGUGGAAAAGUUUCAGGAUAAGCAAUUAAGUCGAUUUUAAACACAGUUAAUAAAGGGUUGCAUGAUUAAUCAACAAUGCCGCUGCAUCGUUAUACGCACGCAGUGCUAUGCAGAAUCCCUAAUUCCAUUCAAACGAAGGGCGAGGUCAUGCUUGAUGAAGCUAGAGAUCAACACGCAGAAUUAGCACAGCUAUUACGUGAUUUCGACAUCGAUUUUGUGGAAAUGCCGGCAGAUGAAGACUCACCGGAUUGUGCUUUUGUUGAAGAUAUUGCUGUUGUUUGCAAUGGGGUUGCACUAAUUGCAAGACCCAGUGACCCAAGCAGAAUCAAAGAGAUUGAGACUAUCAGAGCAGUGUUGAAGAAAGAAUUGGAAAUUCCUCUCGUUGAAAUCGCAGAUAAAAAUGCCAGGCUUGACGGUGGUGAUGUUCUCUUCACAGGUCGGGAAUUUUUCGUUGGACUGUCUGAAUUUACAAACGAGGCCGGAGCCCGGGCAGUAGCCGCUGCUUUUCCGGAGUACCCGUGCGUUCCCAUAAAAGUCGCCGAGAAAAAGCGUCUCAAGGGUUUAGUCACGAUGGCUGGGCCUGACGUAAUGUGUGUGGGCGCUGGAAAAGAUUCUCGAGAGGCAUUGAAGAGAAUCGAAAGGGAAGCAACGUACACUUAUCAAACCCUAACGGUUCCUGAAGACUCUGCUGCCAAUGUCAUUUACUUGAAUGGCACCCUAAUUCAUCGACAUGAAGACGAAAUUCCAGCAUCGAGCAAAGUGUUCGCCGAAAAAGUUGAAUUCCCAACGAAAUCACUUCGGAUGUCGGAGCUUGCGAAGUUCAGCUUGGGUUUGUCGUCGUGCUGCCUCUUGGUACGUAAACCGAAACAUAUUCGCAGUCUUUAAGAAGCAGGAACCUAAAAAUCCCGCAGGAUCUUGAUUGUUUGAUUGUCACAUAAGCUAGCGACUAAUUUUCUUGCCUAUCAGUUUCAUGUCCAAGAAAAUAAAAAAUUCUUGGAUGUGAAAUACAAGUGAUAAAUUAUUCGAUCCAGUCUACUGACGAAUAAACAAUAAAUAUCGCGGAACUCAAGGUAAUAUUAGAAAGUGGGGCAAAAUGAAGCAGUCAAAGUACGAAUGAUCGACGAGGUUCAAGAAGAGAAUUUUUUUUUCAAUGAUUUCAUGCGGAAAAAACUAUGAAGUUGAUAAACAAAAAUCAACAAAUACAAAAAGUUUCUAACUUGAAUGUUCUCAUUUCCCCACUUUCUCCCGCGCGAAAUCAAUUUUCGCGAACCUUUGAUUCAAAGUCUGCAUAUCCUUGGUUUGAGAACAUUUUCAUUCGUGCAGAUAUGAAAGCAACUUGUACUGGAGGCGAUCUAUCGAAUAUGAUUGAAUAUUAUGCGUAUCAAGUUUCCUGGUUUCUUUACAUUCGAUUAUAGUAUCUUAGAGUUUUAAUAUAUUUGAUAUUGAUUACCAUCGAUGAGAGAAGUAUAUGCAUGAGAGAGUAAUAUAUUGAAAAACUAUAGAUUAUGCAAGAAAUUCUACAUUUACCGAAAUGAAUUCCUCAUCGUCUCGAUAUGGGGGUUCAAUAUGAUAGCAACACUUGCCAAAACAUUUCCAGUGAUUAAUUACACAGAUGAUAAUCAAGGAGGUAUUCCGAGGAUCAGUGAAAAAAUGCAGCUCCAAAUAGAGAUUGUUUUGCAAAUUUCAAUUGAAGGGACUCAACCAAUCUUAUUAACUUCCUAAUUUUGUUAGAGAGCAAAAUUGAAUUAAAAUUUUCGGAAUACCUCAGAUAACUUUUUAUAAUGUUUCCUGGCAGCCUUUAUAACAUUUACUUCAGGUUUAUUAUUUAACAGCGUAUUUCGGUACAUUUUUUUAGUAUUAAGUGCUUUUUCACAGUAUUCAAUUGUUGCAAGCACACGGAGAGCAAAAAUAGACUCCAAGACAACCUUUACAUUACGUCAAAUCGAAUUUUAUCCAAUUUUGUAAAGUUCAAUGAGAGAUUCUAUUCAAUAGAAAUCUCGUGAAGAAAAAACUUUCAACCUUUCAGUGGAUUCCCAUGUGGAUUAUGUAUUUCCAAAGAAUAUUUCUAAAGAUUAUAUUACAAAUUUUGCUAUUAGGAAAUACCUGUCACAUUUGGAAUCAGGGCACGCAUUUACCAUAAAAAAGCUAAAUGUGUUCUUCAUUGCAACCCUACGUUCCUCUUGCUGUACAGCACAAUUGACGAAAGUAACGAGAAAAAAAUUUCAAAAUGAAUAAUACGAAUCGUUACACUUUCAAUAGUUACAAGAAUGUAUAACUAGUCUAUGAACGUUUUCUAAUUAUCAAUAGAUUUUUAGAAACUAUAUGAAGAGAAUAAAUGUUUCAAUGCCAUACUACUGUCACGCAGACCCAUUCUGUUUUUAUUGAUAUACACAUUGAAAUAAAUCUGUAUUGAAAAUUAUGAGUACAAAA